AUGAACAGAGAGUACCACCGUCUAAAUACUUUGGGACGGAAAGAAAAUCCCAAGGAAAAAGCUGGUAUUUUUUCCAUUCUUUUCUACCGGUGGGUGGGGGAGAUUGUUGCCAUUGGCAACAAGCGCCCCAUUGAAAUCGACGAUCUUUUCCCUUUACUGAGGGAGGACAAAACUGAAACUUCAGCUGAAAAACUCGAACGGGCAUGGAACGAAGAGGAGAACGCAAAAGAUGUUGGUAUUACAGACAGAAGAGGUUAUCGACUGUUCAGAGCUCUUAUCCGUAUGUUUCCUUGGACUUACUAUGUGUUUGUUGCGAGCACUACUUUGUUAGCCGGCGUUAGCAAUGUCCUUCAGUGCGUGUUUUUGAGUUUGUUGUUAGCGCAGUUUGUGAGGUCUUCCUCCUCUGGUCGCUGGCUGAUGUACGUCUAUGCUGCUGGCAUUUGUCUUAGUUCACUGGUGCGCGCCAUUGCUACUCCCCAAUGGAUAUUUCAUGCUUAUUUGAUAGCUCUUAGGUGGAAAUCAGGAACUCUGGCGGUCAUCUAUAAAAAGGUGAGAAAACACAUGCGACAAGUUGUCUAAGCUCUAAUCGACUGAGGGUAAUAGUACAACCAAACACACAUGUUAUCAGGUCAAUUACAAAUUCAAGUCUCAUAUUAAAUGAGUAGCAACAUUCCACCUUGGAAUGCGCUCUAACAAUUAAGUCUGGAAUAUCCAGUCUCUUAUGUUAAGCCAGUCUGAGCGUAUUUCGAGAUAGAUCCCGCUAACGAGUCCCUACUUACGACCCCAGCGCGUGAGAAAUGUGAGAGUGAGAAAUGUUAACUUUCAAAAUUUUUUAAAGAGCUGAAGUUUGAAUAAUUAGAUUGUAUUCGUGCAUGCUUCAUCGGUAAUUAUUACAAUCAACGGUUACAUAUCUUUUUAAUUCAUUAUAUCUCUGAAACGUAGGUCUUGAGUUUGAAUCAGGAGGAUUUAUUAAAUGUAACAAGUGGCUGGAUCAUUAACCUUGUCGCUGGUGACCUUCAACGUUUUGAACUUUCCGCAUUGAGCAUAUUUCUCCUACCUCAAGCUGUAUUAGAAGUGUGUAGUAUCUCUUGUCUAAUGGUGUACUUCUUUGGGUGGAAAUCUCUGUCAGGGGUAGCUUUUAUGGUCAGUCUUUCGUUAUAUUACGGAAUAGCCGGACAAGUCAGCUUAAGACUACGAACGAACAUUUCUCGUGUGGCGGAUCAACGCGUGGAUGUGAUGAAUUCCAUCAUUUCUGGAAUUCGUGCCGUCAAGAUGUAUGCUUGGGAGGGAUCGUUCAUGGAAAAAGUCAAACGGCUUCGAAGGUAUAUUACAUAGACAUAAUUGACUCUUGAGACCCUUUCGCGUUUUUUUUUUUUUCAAGUUCUGACAAAGACCAGUAAACGACAGUCCAUUGACACUACUGGGAAGAGGUCAUAAUAAGGUAACUUAUCAAGUUUAAAGGUGACAUGUACCUUCUUUCAGACAUUUGUAUGGUAGGUGGCACCACCACUACCACCACCCACCACCACCAUACAAUUGUCAGUGUAAAAUUGCGCGACUAUAUGCGGUGCUAUAUCUUCGUUAGUUUAAAACGAAGUGACUUUCAAACUUGGAAACUUUACUUACUUUAAGCGUUGCUGACGGAUGUUCUUCGUUAUCUAGUCUCAGUCAAAAGUUGAAAAAACCGUGGAAAGGUCUAUUCCAAAUUCACUGACCAAAUAAAUUCCUUCCAAAUUGGGUGAGCAUAUUGGACCCGUCAUUUCGCACAUGUCUACAUCGACUCGAUGCAGUGCCAAAAUCAUCACAUGCAGCUAUUUCGAGAAAGGUUGUCGGAAAAAAUGUGCACGCAACAAUCCCGAUGAUGUCUAUCAACUGUUAAUGACACUAUAGUGUCGAACCCACUUUUGAUGCGUUCCUAGUAGCACUCACAAACAUUUGUUCCUGCCCUUUCAUGCCAUUCUUUCAAAUUUCUUUGAGAAACAGUGCACUCAAAACCACCCACAAUACCUUUCGGGAUUGCCGCGUGCACUUUUUCCGACAACCUUUCUCGAAAUAGCUGUAGACUAUACUGGCUAGGGUAGUCUGCUACAAAGCCGUUUUUAGUGUCGUCACGCAACGCUCCUCUCCACAAACGGCUGCUGAAAAACCGAACUACAUUCCUUUCCCUUUGUGUUUGUGGUCUAACGAACAAGCCAAUCAUGUAUAAUAGAUCUGACAAUACGUGAGCCGCAGGGCGCUAGGAAGCGAGCACGCUUCUCAGUUUUCGACAAAUCAAUCAAUCGUCGCUGCAUUUAGAAGGGCCCUGUGUUAUCAAGCAAGGAAAAGGUUAAUUUGCAAAAAAGUUUGUUUUAAGCGGUCAAGAAAGUUCCAAGUGAAAAAAAGGUUUGAUAGGCCUGGAAGACUUUUACCAGGAUCGGUUGGUUCUUCAUUUAACGUGCACAUGUACUGAUAUGUAAUGAAGAAUUUAAUGUGCCGGAUGUGCUCAUUGUGUUCUGUGGAGACUAAACUCUUCAGGGUACUGAUUCAAAAAGCAAUCUUAUAAAUUAUCGAUGAGCGAUUUCCCGAAACAAUACCUGGCAACUUUAUGAGCACAUCCAUGUUGUGCAUCGCAAUUUGCUCGACUUCCUUGCUGCUGCUUCUUAUCUCCUAAAUUUUGAAUAGGACUCGACUACGACAAUACUACUGUAGUUAACUGCUUGUUUUCACGCGACGAUUUUGAUUAUUCUGUCAUUCACACAUAGGGCACCGAUAAAAGCAAAGCUGUGAUUGGAGGAGUCACAGUACUGCAAACGUGGCGCGAACACCUUCCAGAAAAUGGGAGCUGAAUUAUAAUUGGCUAAUCACGGGAAAGGAAUGUAGUUCGGUUUUCAGCAGCCGUUAGUGGUUGACGACUCUAAAAACGGCAGUGUAGCAGACUAUGGCUAGGGGGGACUUGAAAUGAUACCUAGGCGACUUUUGUCCCUGCGUAACUCCCCCCUCUCCUUUCAUUGCGCUGUAUUCGUUUUUAUUAUAUCACCAAAGAUUUCAUUCCAAAAGGAGUCAUACCGGUGCGAUUUCAUUGAAGCUUGAUGUAUAGUGUGAUGUCCAGCAACAGGUAUCAUGUAAACGAACAAUAAAAAACUCAUUACAGUUAAGAUUCCACCCAGUCCCACUGGACUAGAACCAAUGGUGUAAGAUGUCGUCGACGCCGUCAUAAUUCAUAGAGAUAUCGCUACCAUUGCCUCCUUCAUGAGCUUUCCUAAAACUUAUUGGGAACAGGGUCUCAUAUUACCGGUGCUGGAGACAAGACAGAGAGAGAGCUGGGAACAAGUGAGAAGCGCGUGAGGGGGAUGAUGGGAACGAGUGCAGAACAGGCCGGGGUACGAAAGGGGUGCCUUUUCUGCUAAACAUGGUAUAUAAAAGGGAAAUUUAAGGAUUGGACCUCGGGCAGAACCUCCCCGUAUAAAACUUUGUUGAGUACCCCUCCGGGUUCAAAAUACACCACUAUUAAAUAACGCUUCCGGUCAAUUUUUGCAAAUUUUAAGGAUACCCGCUCACUUUGGUUUUUUCCAGGACCGAAAUCAACCUCAUCAGAAUGAAAACGGUGAUACUGGCUACUUUUGCUUCUCUUUCUUUCUCUUGCCAACUGAUUGCGACUUUCAUCUCACUGGUCACACUGGCGGCUACUGGAACUGAACUGACUGUGUACAACACGUUUUUGAUUGUAUCCUUUGUCAACUCAUUAAGGACGACCAUUUCGUGGAAUAUUGCAAGACCAAUUUAUUUAUUGGCCGACUUUGCCGCAGCGCUGGCUCGCAUCCAGAAGUUUCUCGAAUUUGAGAACAAGAACACUCACAGAUACCUAAAAUAUUCCUUCGGCGACGCGAUGAAUGUAAGAGAGGACUCUAGCAAGCGUUAUUACCCAUGUUUUGAUCACAUCAAUAAAAUAGCAACCCAGUCCAGCAAUGAUUUUGCUCUGUUACUGAAAAAUAUCGCAUGCAGUUGGACUGGCAAGUGGAAUAAGUUAACUUUGAAGUCCUUAAGUUUAUCUGUCAAAAAUGGUGAUCUUGUCCUCAUCACCGGUCCUGUUGGUUGCGGCAAGUCGUCCCUUCUGUACGCCAUUUUAAGGGAAAUUUCUCUCUUGUCUGGCAGUGUAUCUUGUCUCGGUAAAAUUGCCUGGGUUGGUCAACAGCCUUGGGUGUUCUCGGGUACCGUGCGAGAAAAUAUUUUGUUUGGUGAAAAAUUCGAUCCGCACUCGUACCGUGUGACGAUCGAGGCGUGUGAUUUAAUCAGAGACUUUCAAAGAUUCCCAGAUGGUGAUAUGACGCUUGUUGGAGAGCGUGGAAUAGUACUUAGUGGUGGUCAGCGAGCUCGUGUUGAAUUGGCACGCGCAGUGUACUCCAAUGCUGAUAUAUAUCUUUUGGAUGAUCCUCUGAGCGCAGUUGAUGCAAAGGUUGGGCAGCAUAUUUUUCAAACCUGCGUCUGUGGGUUAUUAAGCAAAAGUACUCGGAUAAUGGUUACGCAUAAUCUUCAGGCUUUAAGAGAUGCCGAAGACAUUGUAAUAAUGAAAGAAGGUACUAUUUCAGCAAGGGGCGAUGCUAUCUCACUGUGGAAGUCCGACAUAGCCAUGAAUGAAAUAAAGAAGUGCACUGAUAAGAAGGAAAAUUUUGGCACAGCGCAGGAAAGUACAUUACCUCCAAACACGUUGGACGAUGAAACAAUAGUGGACGGAGAAUGUGGUCUGGAAAAUGCCGAGGAAGAUCGUGCAGUGGGUUUUAUAUCUUGGAAGUUAUAUUGGAAUUAUAUACGAGCUGGAACGUCUGCCAGUUCAGCUGGGGUCAUGUUCGUCUUUAUUCUACUUGUCCAAGGUUAAGAGUUGAGUAUGAGUUCAGUUAUCCUUUAAGGCACCUUUCUCUCCAGGGCAUUUCCUUUAGAAAAUGGGUGGGGGCGCUGUUACAGUGAUAUGGGCAUCUCCAUUCCCAAAACCCAAGUGAUAUGGCCAUCCCCUUCUCAUUUUAGCUUAGUGAUUGGUGUUAGGGUUACGGUUACAGGAGAUGCCCAUAUUACUAGGGUUUUGGAAAUGGGGAUGUCCAAAACGCGGAGAUUUCAUAUCACUGUGACAGCGCCGUUCUCAUUUUGUAUGGAAAAGUCGUGGGGACGAGGUUGCCUUUAAGGAAGUAUCUUAAAUGAUGGCACCUGGGUAGAGGGCACUUCUCAUGAAAAUAAAGAUAUAGGGUGUUUACCCAGGAACAGGGUGUGGCCAUGGGGCUUGUUAGUUCUCUAUAUAAAGGUUUCUGAAGUACAGGUGACAUCGAAUAAUAAGGUGCUACAUGCUUUAAAGUUACAAACCCUCAUACUUCUUUUAGAGAUUUAAUCCCAUGGUGAGUCACUAAAAGUAAGUAUUGGCGGUGCCGUUUACAAAAAUUCGGUUAGAUAUAUUUUCAAAAGACUGUACUGGCCAGAGCCACAAAAUAACGACGAAACGUAGAAAGAACUAAGAAGUUUUAAAAUUUACACACGUUCGUGCCAGAGCAAUGAAAAAAUGAUUGUAUCCUAUUGUUAUAAGGCAGUGAAUUGGGACUCUUUCCAGUCUUAAGAGAGAUUGUCCCUAGAUUAGAAAAUUAACCAUACGCUAAACACAGUCUCUACCUUCUCAUUUUCCUUACAGUCAUGUCUGGUCAAGCGUACAUGCAGACUCGUUCUAGGGACGUCAUUAUUUGAAAAUUUAAUCUAUUAAUUGUUGUGAUAGUAGUACGUGUAAUUAACGAAUGUAAUGGAUCAAAUUAUCAGUUUAUUAAUAGCAGAACCUAUGAAUGCACGCUUGAUCUGGCGAAAUUGGCGAUUGAAACUGAAGAAAAAGACCUACUAACGAAUGAAACUGUCUUCUUUAUGUAUCGAUCAUAAAGCAUCCCUAGUUCUUCCCGACUGGUGGCUUCUUGAAUUGACCAGUAGAUCACGUGAUUCCCAGCGUCAAAGUCAAGACCUUUCAACAUAUGGUUACCUGGUUGGUGCAGCCGUCUUACUAUCAACCAUCAGAGAGGCCACGUUCCUGAACGUGUUGAUUAAUUCAUCGAUGAGCCUUCAUAACCUAAUGCUGUCAGCGGUAGUCAAAGCUCCGGUUUUGUUUUUUGACACCAAUCCAGUUGGACGAGUGUUGAACAGGUUUUCCAGAGAUAUUAACAUCAUGGAAGAAUUACUGCCAGAAGCAUUUCUGAGGGCCAUGCAGGUAAUUCUAUUCUGCAUUGGAGCAAUUACACUUCAAUCUGUGUUAAUCCCCUGGAUAAUACUGCCAGCAUUCCCGCUCAUGGUUACCUUUGCUUUGAUUGGUCGAUAUUACCUCAAUCCAUCACGUGACUUGAGGCGCAUAGAGGGAGUAACCAGAAGUCCAGUGCUAUCUCAUUUUAGCAACUCUUUGGAGGGACUGGUGAGCAUUCGAACUUACAUCAAGGAAAACACGUCUAUAGAAGCUUUGUACAGGUUUGUGAUUAUAAGAGACCUUAAUUAAUUCUCAAGAAAAGGACUACGAGAUUUCUCAAUAAAACUAAGUGGUGCGCGCGCGUGAACCAGCAUCAUUUUGGCGGGAAAACGUGAUAACUGGCGUCAUUCAUGUCGUAUAAUUAGGGAAGCAACCUAUCACAUGUUAGGAGUUUUGUCAUUUUAGUUUCCCGGGGUGUCUUCUCUUUUGAUAAUGGGCUUGAAAAAAAAAAUGAACUCGUCCUCAUAGUCACUGACUCGUCCUCGAAUCUGGGUUACGACCAGUCCUUUUAGAAGAUAUUUUGAUUACAAUAAAAAUUUGUCGUUGUUUUCUUCGCGCUAAAAUGUUUGAAAAUCCAGACGUUUCGGGACUACUGUCCCUUCAUCAGUGGAAGAUGCCGUUACACUGAACCCGCGUCAUUUUAUUCAAAUGUGGCAACAUUUGAAGCGCGCGCUGGAAGAGUUCGCUCAAAUAAAAUUGAAGUCAAAGUUUAUGCCGCGCGGCUGUAGAGUUUUGCAUUUAAAUAUUAGGCGGCCCUCCGCUCUACUUCUAUCCCUGGUGUUGUGAAGACCCGCUCGAACAACAGCUACCAUCAUAUCAUCAGUUGAGUGACCGGGGGAAGAAAAAUGUUUAGCAACGGGUAGGUCAGCUUUCUUUGAGACAGAUCUGAGGUGUUCGCAGAACCUGUCCCCAAGCCGAUGUCCGGUUUCGCCAAUGUACGACAGAGUGCAUGCCCAACAAGUUAUGAUAUACACGAGGUUACUUCUCGUGCAUGAGAACCUCUGCAGUAUGGUCAGAGGUCCACCGGGAGUGUUGAUCUGGGAGGCUGGGUUCGUAUGGGCACAGGUCUUGCAUCGUGGUCGACGGUAGGGAAAAGUUCCAUUUGGUUCAUCCUCAGUGUUUGCGCCGGAUUGAAGGUUGCUGCUGACCAAGGAAUCACGCAGGUUGGUGUCGCGGCGGUACGCGCUGAGUACUCGCGAGUUAUCAAACAGUUCCUUAGUUUCAGGGUCAGAUUUUAAGAGGUCGAAGUUUCUUGAUAGGACGUUCUUUACAUGGUUGUAGAUGGGGUUGUAUGUUAAGAUUAAGGGGAUGACUUCUCUGUUAGAUUGUCCGUCGUGAAGUGGUCGUAAGGCUGUAUCUCGGGGGAUAGUGUCAACGUGUUGAAGGGCUCUAUCUACAACUGCUAGUGGAUAAUCACGUUGCAGGAAGAAUGAUGCCAUUUAUUUUCUUUUGGUCUUGUAGUCGGUCUCAUCAGCACGUCAUCACAAUGACGCGCGUUCAGUGUAACGGCAUCUUCCACUGAUGAAGGGACAGUAGUCCCGAAACGUCUGGAUUUUUAAACAUUUUGGCGCGAAGAACACAAAUACAAAUUUUUAUUGUAAUCAACUUAUCAGCACUACACAGUUCCUAACCAUGUUUUGUUCCUUUUAGAAGACAGCUACUCGUCGAAACAUACGUAUAUGUAAGGCUUGGCCGGCAAAGUAAAGUGUAACAGGUUUUUCGGGCUUCAGAUAAAGAGUCGUGAGAAGUUACGCGUGAUACGCUGACGGCUUCCCCCCUCGCUCAUGUGCUCUCUCCUGGCGACUCGCUACGCUCUAUAGAAAUAUAGAGCUUUCUCGCAGGCUAACCCGACAUGAAAGAACUUAUUUUAGUGUAGCAAUAAUGAUAAGUAAACGAUAUCAGUAACAGGGAACGUUGGUCACGUGGCGUUUGCUCUAAACGUGAUUUGGUUGAAACUGGAGUUAAAGCCGGAAUAUGGGAAAUUCUCACUUGGGCUUAAAAGCACUAGUAUGAGCCGUUUCUUCGACGAAAAAAGGUAUACUUUCGGCUGGAGCAUCCCCUCAUCUUGUAGACCAUUAAAGGGGUACCCAACGGGCUUUAAAUGAGAUUGAAAGAAAGAAAUUCUUUCCUAGAUUUCUUCAAAGCGAGUUGAUUAAUUAGUUUUUAAUUUCAUUGUUUAUCAUCAGAUACCAGGAUGACCACAAUCGAGCUAAUUUUGCCAUUUUUGCAAUAGCUAGAUGGCUAGGCAUACGUCUGGACAUGAUCUGCGUCAUCUUUGCGACAUUUGUCAUUUAUGUUGCAAUCAUUACUCAGUCUAAAGCAGGUAAAUUGAAACAACAAAUGGCCAAGUCAAAAUGUGCAAUAUCUAAUUUGGAGACUCAUGGACUUAACUUUAAAUCCGUGAGCCCCAAAAUUAAACAUUGCAAAUUUUGUUAGGCAGGAUUUUUGCGCCAUAUUUUGCGCGAUAUAUUUUACGGUUUUUUUGCUGUUCACACCAUAACAGGAACGUGAUUUCACCAUAAUCGUUAGGUAUAAAGUUAGUUCCUUAGCUCUAUCUUGUUAUUCUGCCUAAUGAAGCUUGGGGUGUUAGUAGACGAGACCGGUCGAAGAAAUUAAAAAAGGUAACAACAUGCUCACGUUGCUUCCUACUGCUCACUAGUGUUCAAUUGAAAAAAAAAAUAUGUCAUUAAAAAUAUUUUAAAAUACAAUAAAUUGUACACCUGAGCUCACGAUACAGUCACGUGACACUUGUCCGCGGAUACCCUAUUUUGACAGCUGUCAGUUGCCGUAACAUAGGUCCAAUAAAAGUGAAACACAUAUUGUAUAGUAAGUUUGACAUUUCACAGCCGCUAACAUUAAGAGGCAGACGUAAAGAGAGACAAACAGCUACAAACGGAUGACUUUGUCACAAUCAAAAUUUCUUGGAUGCAUAAAUAACCAAAAUCUAAUAUCCAUAGUGCUCCACUGUGCACGCUCUGCUGUAAAUUGCGAUUAGAACUGUAGUUUUUGUUUCGAUUUUGGCAGGGAUCGCAGCAUUAUCCAUUGUAUACGCCCUGCAGUUUGCUGUUGACACGUCUCAGUAUGCCGUUAGGAUGUGGUCACAAGCUGAAAGUUACAUGACAUCCGUAGAGCGUGUUGUCAAAUACAGUCAAAUAGAACAAGAGCCUGGGUACCAGAAUCAUCGACAGCCUCCAGAACAUUGGCCCCAGUACGGUCAAUUACAACUAAAAAAUGUGGAACUUGUUUACUACCACGGCGGACCCAAAAUACUUAAAGGUAUCACUUUUACUAUUAAUCCACAAGAGAAGAUCGGAAUUGUUGGUCGCACUGGAGCUGGCAAGUCUUCACUGAUUGCAGCCCUAUUUCGUAUGCCUCAACCAACUGGUUACGUCAUCAUCGAUGACGUCAAUGUCGGUGAUGUUAACAUUCAAAGUUCUCGCCAAGCCAUAGCGGUUAUUACCCAGAAUCCAGUGUUGUUUACCGGUACACUGCGAAUGAAUUUGGAUCCUUUUGAGGAACACGAAGACCAGGAAAUCUGGAAUGCCUUAGAGGAUGCGAGUUUGGAAGCCAUGGUGAAAAAGCUUCCGAUGCAGCUGAACCAGCUGGUGAAAGAAAGUGGAAGUAAUUUCAGUACCGGAGAAAGGCAACUUUUGUGUCUGGCCCGUGCGUUAUUGCGGAAGAACAAAAUUAUUGUUAUGGAUGAAGCAACGGCAAAUGUGGAUCACAAAACAGAUCAGUUAAUCCAGGAAACACUUCGCACGAAAUUUAAGCAUUGUACGGUGAUUACAGUUGCUCAUCGAUUAAACACAAUCAUGGAUUAUGAUCGAAUUUUGUUUCUGGAUCACGGAAGAGUUGUAGAGUAUGACAAACCAGAAAUUUUACUUCAGAAUGAAGGAGGAUAUUUUUCUAGACUUUGUCGUAACUAUGAUGAUAAUGCCGACCAGUAA